AUGCGCUCCUGGCCCAACCGAACUGACUGCCUCUCUCCCAUUAACUGCAGCUGGGAGGAGAACUACUGGAACUACUACUUUAACGGGAGCUACCGGGGUCCUGUGCCCCCCGAAAACCUCUUCCCCAUCCCCGUUCUAAUGGGAAUCACCAUCACCUGUGCUCUCCUGUUCCUGGCGGGAGUGACCGGGAAUGUAAUGACUAUACUGGUCGUGUCUAAGUACAGAGACAUGAGAACAACCACUAACCUCUACUUAUGUAGCAUGGCUGUCUCAGACUUGUUGAUAUUCCUCUGUAUGCCCCCUGAUGUGUAUCGGUUAUGGAAGUACAGGCCAUGGAGAUUUGGAGAUACAUUCUGUAAACUGUUUCAGUUCGUUAGUGAGUGCUGUACUUAUUCAACAAUUUUGAAUAUAACCGCUCUGUCAGUGGAGAGGUACCUGGCCAUCUGCUUCCCACUUCGCGCCAAACGCCUGGUCACCAAGCGACGCGUCCGCGCGCUCAUCCUAUUUCUCUGGCUGGUGUCACUGCUGAGCGCGGGACCUGUCUUCGUUCUGGUGGGAGUGGAGCACGAGACUCGCCCAGCGGUGGGAAACUCUGUGACUGCUGGUGGGGCAGAAGGAGAGACAGAGAUAGACACUCGCGAGUGUAAACCCACCCAGUACGCGGUUGAGUCUGGGCUUCUUGCCGCCAUGGCGUUGGUUAGCUCUGUGUUUUUCUUCCUGCCGGUGUUUUGUUUGACUGUGGUGUACAGUUUGAUUGGACGGAGGUUGUGGAAGAGACGGAGAGAGAACAAUAUUGGAGCCAACGUGGCACACAGGGACAAGAGCAACAGACAGACCGUCAAGAUGUUAGGUAGGGUACAAUACAUGUUGCUCAUAUUCAAAACUAUGUUUUAAGCACGGCAUGAUUGAGGUAUGGAUGUCUAUAAUAUGUUUUUAAAGGCUCAGAUUGCAGAUUGAAAAACUAUCUUGGUUCUGAUACGCAUUAAAUCAAUCAAACACUGUAAUAAGAUAAGGAUAAUGCCGAUAAUGUAGAUAUAGGCUUUGUAUAAGUUUUACAGUCAGCACAGUAACCUAAUAACCAUGAUAACAGCCAGUCGUGUAAAGCUUUACCAAGGUUAUUUAAUUAGGCUUAACUAUAAUUUCCCCCUCAUACCCCUCUCUCCUAUUUCUCUCUCUGAAAAAAACCUGAUUACUGAUGUUUGCAUUUAACGUUUUAUGGUUGGAAUUAAUUUGAUUUAUUCCCCCUCUAUUAUUAUUAGCCUAAAAGGAGAAAUCCAAUGUUAAGAACAUUUAUUAUCUGUCUCCCCUCUCCCUCUCUCUCUCCAGCUGUAGUGGUCUUUGCCUUCGUCCUGUGCUGGCUGCCUUUCCACUUGCAUCGUUACCUUAUGUCCCAUUCCUCCGAGGGCUCCUCUCCUCUCUGGUCUCUCUUCACCCAGUACUGCUCCCUUGUUUCCACAGUCCUCUUCUAUCUCUCGGCUGCCAUCAACCCUGUCCUCUAUAACACAAUGUCUAGGAAGUACCGGUCAGCUGCUGCCCAACUGUUUGGUCUACAGGAGACUCAACCACCCAGAGGGAGAACGGCAAGCACUGUCAAAGGAGAGAGUUCACCUGCCUGGACAGAGUCCACUGUUAGCCUGUGA